AAGUCUGUUAAUUAAAUUAAACCAUUCAGCUCAAGCUUCCAAAGCUUCCAAUAUAUAUAUAUAUAUAUUUAUAUUUAAAUAUAUUUAUAUCGGCAUUUAAAAUCAAUAAUUUAAUGAUUUCAUUUCACAAGUUAAAAAUGCCGUGUCAGGGGUCAGUGAAGCCGGCAUUAGGAGCAGCGAACCACUUGCCCUGAAAGCUCAUGGGAGAUGUAGUUUGAUGCUAAGGAGAUUACUUAGUCGCUGUGAUACCCAACGCAGUAUACUUUUUUUCCUUCCUUUAUGGAAAGACGAAUACAGGUUCGGGAACUGGGUUUCUCGACAGGAGCUCUGACCCGGUUGGGACUGGACUUGGACGUUUGCCGUUGGAUUAAAUACAUCGUGAAGAAACUAUAACAAAUACCUUUCCGCGGCGGCUCCUGUUCCUUUAAGCCGGUACGGAAGUAAACCAAAGGAUUGACGCAACACUCCGCGGAAGGUCAGGCAUUUUUUUUCCGCCUCCACCGUAAAUUGUUUAACACUCGGGGGUAACUACUCUUGUUUUACCGAAACAACGGCGACGAAAGCUUACGGGACUUUAUGACACUAACGGCUGUGACGUCGCGCGGUAACGGUAACGUAACUGUUUUUUGAAAAUCUUGACAGCGCGUGACUGCUCAGUUCAACUCCCUGAUGCCUGUGCCGCCAUGCACCCGGCUGAGCGGAGCUCUGGUGAAACAAGUGCUGGACUCGGUGGACAGCGUCCUGUUCGACUGCGACGGGGUCAUCUGGCGCGGGGACCAGGCCGUGCCCGGGGCCCCGCGGGUCAUUAGCCUGCUCAAGGAGCGAGGGAAGCGGGUCUUCUACGUCACCAACAACAGCACCAAGACCAGGAAGAUGUACGUCGACAAAAUGUCCACGUUGGGGUUCGACACCAAGGAAGACGAGGUGUUCGGCACGGCGUACUGCUCCGCCAUGUACCUGAAGACCGUCUGCGAGCUGCAGGGGAAAGUGUACCUGGUAGGGAGCGACGCCAUGAGGCAGGAGCUGGAGGCGGUGGGGAUCCGGCAGACCGGCGUGGGACCGGACCACGUCGCCGGGAAGCAGAACGACUGGGCCAACGUGGCCCUGGACCCCGACGUGAAGGCGGUGGUGGUCGGUUUCGAUGAACACUUCAGUUACAUGAAAGUCAACCGAGCCAUGCAGUACCUGACGCAGCCGGCGUGUCUGUUCGUGGGGACCAACCGGGACACCCGGCUGCCCCUGGAGGGGGGCAAGGCCGUUCCAGGUACAGGCUGCCUGCUGCAGGCCGUGGAGACAGCCGCCCAACGCCAGGCCCAGACGGUGGGCAAACCCAACCGGUUCAUGUUCGACUGCGUGGCGUCCAAGUUCGGCGUGGACCCCGCUCGCUGCCUGAUGGUGGGCGACCGCUUGGACACGGACAUCAUGCUGGGCUCCAACUGCGGCCUGAAGACCCUCCUCACCCUCACGGGGGUCAGCACCGUGGCGGACGCCGAGGCCCAUCAGAAGAGCGGCUGCGCCGAGAGGCAGAAGAUGGUGCCGGAUUAUUACGUGGACAGCAUCGCAGACCUCCUCCCGGCUCUGCAGGGAUGAGAACCGGCGGUGUAGCGACGCGAUGGCCGAGCAGCUGCAAACCCGCAGAAUCUGACUCGCCCGUCACAGGCCAGACUCUCCAUUGUCUUCUAAAAAAGGGAACAUUCGUCACAUUGGAUUAACGUGAAUAAUCGUCUCUUUAACCGAGUCACAGCCGAGCAACUCGCUGAUGCGUGACAGACGAGACACAAAGACUCCAACAUUGAACUAAACCACGAUUAAAAACAUGCUUAUUUAACAUGAUAUUAACGAUUGAUUUAUUAAUAAUAAUAAUAACGUGAGAACAAGGAUUUGCAGUAUUGUUUAGAUGUGUGUAUGUUCUUUCUUUUUGUGGAAGUGAGUAAGGAGAGUGUACUUUAAAAGAACCAGCCUGUGAUGCAAUCCCCCCCCCCCCUCUCUUUAAGCAACUACAAGUCAAACUCGAGGAGGGAAAUGAGGAAAUGAGCACACACACAAUGGAUCCUCAGUUCUGUAGAAUGUGUGUGUACAGCUGUUUUAGAGGCUAUAGAUAAUAAUAAUAGGCCAAAAGUCACUGAGCUGGGUCCGACCUUUCAGUUUUCUUCACGGCUCAGCAGAAAGCGUAAACACUUGCAGCGGUACUCGAGGUGCGAUGCCACGUUACGUUCAGGGAUUCGUACUCCUACAUCGUUAAGACGCUCCCCCGAUCGUCCUUCUUCCCGUCUCGUUUCCAUCUGACUCCCCGAAUCACUGAACGUCAAAUGCUUUGUUAUAUACAAAUAAAAUUCUAACUAUCUACUAAAUCGG